CAGGCCUGAGUGAGGUAGAAGACAGAUAUGACCGUGGGGGAAAAACUGACGUGAUACUAACGUUUUCAUUUUAUCAAGAGGAUUUGCUGGAUGCCAUCUACAAAGUUUACAAACAAUUUUUAACAUGGAGUUUACCCGGCGCUACCUUCCAAUGGAGUGGGAGGAGAGAUGGAGGAAAGAGAAGGAGAGGAGAAAAAGAGUGAUCGAAGAGGGAGGAGAAGGGUUAGAACAAGACAACCGCGAGCUGAGGCAGAUUGUGGCUUACAACGAUUCCAGGAUGGGCCUAGCAAGUCAAGGAGAUAAGACUGACGAGCAUGAGGGGAGAAAGACUCAAACUACUGCGGGAGCUGGCGGUGGAUGUAUAGGCGACGAGGCCUUUGGAGAUUUAGGAUGUCAUGUCCACACAUACUCAAGCAGAACCUUUGCUGAGGACAUAUUCAUGGCUCUGAAAGGCCUGCAGAAUUCCUCUCUUCUUACAGAUCUGACUCUGACUACUGAGGAUGGUGGAAGCUUCAGUGUGCACUCCCUGGUCCUGGCUGCUGUCAGUGUCUUCAUUUCAGACAGACUGAAGGAACGAAACAUGGCUCAGUCGUACAAUACUCAGGGGGAAGUCCACAUGUGGUCUUUGCACAUGGGUGCUAAAGUUGACCAAGUUGGGCUUCAGGCAGUUGUUCAGUUCGCUUAUAGUGGGACUGUAUCAAUCCUAAACAAAGACAUGAUGACUCAGAUCAGGACUGCAGCUCAAGUAUUGGAGGUUAUAAGGUUGCUGGAUCUGUGCAGCAACAAAGUCACAAAAAAGGAAGAUAAGUGUUCAAAGACAGAGGAAGGCACUAUCUCUGCAGAAGUACAUCUACUUAAAACUCUUGAGUCCAUCAAAGGCUUAUGGGGAGGCAAAGUUGGAUGUGAUGUAAUUUUGGAUGUGGAUGGCAUUUGUUUCCAUGUUCACAGAAUUAUCCUGGCAAUAAGCAGUGACUACUUCCGUGGGAUGUUCACCUGUGGAAUGAGGGAAUCCUAUCAGACCCGCAUCUCGCUUCCCUUUAUUCCGGCUGGUGAAUUGGAAGCGUUGAUUCAUUGGUCCUACAACGGGACCCUUCCUCUCAGCUGGGACUCUGUUUUUGAGAUAACCUGCACUGCCCUCCAGCUUCAGUUUCAACCUGCUUACUUGCUUUGCCUCAGAUUCAUGCGAGAGGAAAUGCACAUAAACUCGUGCCUGGAUGUGGCCUCUUUUGCUGAAGCAUAUGGCUUGUCAGAGCUCCUUGAGGAAGCAAAUGACUUUGUGCUAAAGAACUUCAGAGAAGUUUCGGCAACUGCAAAGUUUCAAGACCUUUCGGCACAGAAGCUCCUCGACUUACUUCGCUGCGACGGUCUGUGCGUGCCUUCGGAGCUGACUGUAUUCCGAGCUGUAAUCACCUGGAUUCAGGCGGAUCCCGAGGAGAGGAUGGCGCAGGCUGCUUUACUGAUGAGCGGAGUUCGUUUCCCACUGAUGACUUUUCGAGAGUUCAGGGAGGUCAGAGCAGUUAACCUGCGCAUGGAGUGCUUUGCAGACAAAGAGGUGGAACUCUAUGGAUCCGCUCUCCAGGAAUUUGGCUUCAGUCAGCCAAAGUUGGAGGAUUAUUGUCGGAUCAGAAGACCCAAGGAUGUUUUGGCUGUGGUUGGGGGAGACAAGCUAGAUCCAGAUGUGGGUAAACGUCUGCCUAGCCAGGACAUUUGGUUUGCUAACUCUUUGCGCAACGGCACAGGGUUGGUGAAGGCGAUAGAGUGGAGGAGACUAGGUGAGAUUCCGGACAAGCCAAAGUUCAGACACGGUGUAGCGGUAAUGAACGGGAGGCUGUUUGUGGCUGGUGGAUGUUACUUUUAUGCAAAAGAUGAUAUAAUGAAAUCAGUCUACAGUUACAACCCCGUGAAGAACCGCUGGAAAGGUUUGGCUGACAUGCAGGAGUCAAGAAGUAACUUUUCAUUGGUGGUCCAUAAGAAGUGCCUUUAUGCCAUUGGUGGAGACACAGAGAUCAACACAAACACAGAGAGCGUUGAGAUGUAUAAACCAGACACUGAUUCCUGGAGCUAUGUCCACCCUCUGGACCAGGCUCUCAGUGGCUAUGGAGUCUCUGCCAUGAAUGGAGGCAUUUUCAUCUCCGGAGGUUUUAACUGUAAAUACGUGUGUCUGGUCUCCAUGUUCCUGUACCACCCAGAGAGAGGAAGCGUCUACCUGGCGGACAUGUCCCAUGACAGAGCCCAGCAUUGCAUGGAAGCGUUGCGAGGACGUCUGUAUGUUGCUGGCGGGGUGUGUAACAUGAGGAAGUUCUACACGGACCAACUAGCCUGUGAGGUGUAUGAUCCGGCGUCGGACUCUUGGGCUGAUUUAAUACCGCUGCCAGUACCCCAUGUCGGUGCUGCCUCUGCUGUGCUGGAGGAGAAGAUCUAUGUUCUGGGAGGAUACUGCCAGGAUGAUUACAGCGAGUCAGGACUGGUCCAUCGCUUUGACCCCGGUUUGCAGCGCUGGGAGAACAUGGGCAAACUACCGGGGGCUGUUACUGACAUUAAGGCCUGCCUUCUCCACUUGCCCCAACAUUUCAGACAUUAACCAGUCGGUCAGAAUCCUAUAGCCUUCCAGAGAAGAUCUAGUCUGACAGAGUGGAUCACAAACAUAUACAGUGGCUUGCAAACGUAUUCACUCCCUUAACUUUUUGUAUGUUGCUGCAAUUUAAUCGAUCAAUCAACCCGAAGUAGUGCAUAAUGUGAAGUAGAAGGAAAUUGAUACAUGGUUGUCAAAUAUUUAUUUGUAAAUUAGA